AUGAAGCAUCUCAUUGUUGCCUCGCUCGCCGCGACGGCGCUCGCGGCCGGCUUCCCUGGCCGAGAGCACGAUCCCAAAACCAUCAAGUCAUGCAUUGACUGGUACGACAACUACAAUGAAAAGACCUGCGAGGACGUCCGCUCCUACUACCGCAUCACGCCCGAGGACUUUCACACGUGGAACCCGUCCAUCGGCACCGACUGCAAGCCUUGGCUGCCCAUCUCCUACUGCGUCCUGACGAAGGAGAAGUGGGAAGAGUACCAGAAGAACCACACGACAACGACCACGACCACUACUCCCGCGCCGACGAGCACCUCGACCCUGGGCCCGACCCCCACGGCCUGGCGGGAGCGAGGCUGCUACGCCGACAGCAACAAGGAUGCUCGCGUUAUGGACAAGCUCGUCAGCCCCGAGGGCGGCGAUGCGAAGCUCACCUUGAAGACGUGCGAGGAUGGCUGCUAUCGCAAGGGCUACAAGUUUGCGGGUGUCGAGAACGGCAACCAGUGCUGGUGCAGCUCGUCCAUCGCGGGCGAGUGGGCCAGCGAUCAGAACGAGUGUAACAUGCCUUGCGCCGGUGACGGCAAGGUUAUUUGUGGUGGCAAAGAACGUGUCUUUGUGUAUGAGGCUCAGUAUGCUGACCCUUCUCGCCCCAUUACUACUACUGGCACCAUCUCUUCUACUACCACUACCACUGUCGCUACUCCAGCCUCUUCAAAGAAGAGCACGGGAAGCACCUCGUCCCCGCGUUUAUGA